AAACAUGUCUUACGCCGAUAUCAAAGCAAACAUUGACGAGCUCCAGUUCCUACUGAGUCAAAGCAAGCAAGCAGCUGUACGCAGCUUGUUGGAAGGUGAGAUUCAGAAACACAACGCACUUCUCAAGACAACAUCUCCCCCAGAGAAGAAAGUGAUUGUUAAGUCUGGGACCAGGACCAAGAAAAUCACCCUUUACUCAUGGGAGGAGAACCUGAAGUAUGUGAAGGUUCAUGUUCGUGAUAUCAAAAGUGCUGAGGACGUGAUUGAUGAGGAAAACAUCGAAGCCACUUUCAAAGACAGGUCUUUUAAUGUGAUCGUAAGGAAGGUCGGACCAAAGGCUCUGAAUUAUUCUCUUGCUAUUUGCAACCUCAACAAGGACAUCAGCCCUGACGAUUGCAAGGUAGUUGUUACUAAGACCGGGCUGUCUGUUCAUCUGUUCAAGGUUAAAAACUCAAUGUGGACUGAUCUGAAGCUCAAGAAGGGGGAGGAGGAGAAGAAAGAAGACAUACCAAAGAUGGAUAAAGAUGCCGAUCCCAGUGCAGGCUUGAUGAGUUUGAUGAAACAGAUGUACGAAUCAGGGGACGAUGAUAUGAAGAGAAAUAUUGCGAAGUCAAUGUACGAAGCACAGAACAAGAAAGGAGGUGAAGCCAGUGAAGCUCCUGGUGGUGGUAUGGGUGGAAUGCCUGGCAUGGGAGGUAUGGGCGGCAUGCCUGGUAUGGAAGGUAUGGGCGGCAUGCCUGGUAUGGGAGGUAUGGGCGGCAUGCCUGGUAUGGGAGGUAUGGGCGGCAUGCCUGGUAUGGAAGGUAUGGGCGGCAUGCCUGGUAUGGGAGGUAUGGGCGGCAUGCCCGGCAUGGGAGGAAUGGGUGACCUGGCUAGCAUGUUGGGAGGCAUGGGCGGCGGCGGUGGCGGCGGCGGCGGACUGCCUGAUAUGGGUGAUAUGGGAGCUGGAUUUGAUGAUCUCUGAAGACAAAUCGUUCUAUGACUUUUAUGUGCCAAUCAAGAAAAUUGUUUCCAUAUUUAGAUUCUAUGAUCAAAAAUUUUGAACUUCAAUGUCCAUGACUGCGGCUGCUUUUACCGUCAUAAUUUUAUUUAUUUUACAGAUUGAGAUCUAUUUCU